UCAGACUUGAGAAAUUGCUAUACAGACAAGUCCGGAGUAUUUCAAGAUGGUCAAGUUAGGGAAAAACUCUAAGCGGGUGCCUGUCCGGCUACGACACAAGAUCGAGAAGGCCUCGGCGGCGAAGCAGCGUAAGAUGAGAAAGCUUGCGAAAAAGAACCCCGAAUGGCGCUCCAAAAUCAAAAAGGACCCCGGAAUCCCCAAUCUAUUCCCCCACAAGGAUAAGCUCCUGCACGAGAUGGAGGAGAGGAAGCGCCUGAAGAUGGAAGAGCAAGAGCAGAUUCGGGAGGACGCUCGUGCAAGGCGCAUUGCACAGAAGCAGCAGGGCGAGGAAGGCGGUGCGGAGGACCAGAUGGGGGAUGCCCGGGAGGAGGAUCUGCUGGAUGACGACGAUAUGGAUGAGGAUUUCGGUGGCGACUCGUCGAACCCCAUGGCUGCUUUGCUGGCUUCAGCGAGAGCCAGGGCUGCGGAGUAUGAUGGAGAGCAGGAGGAGGAGGAGGAGGAAGAAGACGAGAUGGACGAUGAUGACGAUGAGGAUAUGGAUGGGAUGGAUGAUGAGGACGAGGACGAGGACGCGGAUGGUGAAAAUGCCCCCGCGCUUGUGUCGCAGUUUACCAGCAAGGAGAGCUCACGACGGGCGUUUGAUAAGGUGUUUAAGAAGGUGACCGAUGCCGCUGAUGUUGUGCUUUAUGUGCUGGAUGCGCGCGACCCCGAGGGAACCCGCUCCAAGGAAGUCGAGCGCGAGAUCAUGGCCGCGGACGGCGGCUCAAAGCGAUUGAUUCUGAUCCUAAACAAGAUCGAUCUUGUGCCUCCUCCCGUGUUGAAGAACUGGCUGGUGCAUCUGCGGCGGUACUUCCCCACUCUCCCUCUGAAGGCGUCCAACGGCUCCGGCAACGCACAUAGCUUCGACCACAAGCAGCUCAGCGUCAAGGGCACAUCCGAGACGCUCUUCCGCGCCCUCAAGACGUACGCCCAGAACAAGGGUCUCAAGCGCGCCAUCUCUGUCGGUGUCAUCGGAUACCCGAACGUCGGCAAGUCCUCCGUCAUCAAUGCGCUGACCGCGCGCAUGAACAAGGGCUCCAGCAAUGCCUGCCCCACGGGCGCAGAGGCCGGCGUUACCACCAGCCUGCGCGAGGUGAAACUCGACAACAAGCUCAAGCUCAUCGACUCUCCUGGUAUUGUUUUCCCGAACACGGGCGAGAAGAGCGGCGCCAAGAAGAGCCGGAAGAAGCAGGUUGACGAGCACGCCCGUCUCAUCCUCCUCAACGCCAUCCCGCCCAAGCAGAUUGAGGACCCCGUUCCCGCUGUUUCUCUGCUUCUCCGACGCCUGUCCUCGUCGGAGGAGCUUCUCUCCAAGAUGCUACAGGUCUACGGUAUCCCCGCGCUCUACCCGACCGGCGCAGACCAGACCAACGACUUCCUGAUCCAGGUGGCGCGCAAGCGAGGCCGUCUCGGCAAGGGCGGCGUCCCCAACCUCGAGGCCGCGGCGAUGACGGUCGUCAAUGACUGGCGCGACGGACGUAUCCAGGGAUGGGUUACUCCUCCUGUGCUGCAGGUUGUGACUGCCGCCGAAGGAGCGCCAGCCGAAGCCGCUGCUGGCGUUGACACGAAGCAGGUUGUCACAGAGUGGGCUGCGGAGUUCAAGAUCGAGGGUCUAUGGGGUAAUGGGGAGGAGGAAGCGAUGGAGGAGUAAAUCUUUCUCUCUCUCUCUCUCUCUCUUUUAGUUCUAUAUGGAUACCAGAGGCGUUUCGGUAAAAGUAGAUUCUGUUUAAGUCAAUGCAGGUUUCAUGAAUACAGUCUUUUAG